GCCAAGCGACCGACAGACAACACCCAUAGUCGAGUCCCCACACCAUGUCGACGGAUACGCUCUCUUUCCUAGGCCCUGGAGGUCUCUCGCAUCCAAUGCCGAUGGACACUACAGACGCCAACGCCAACGCCAAAACCGACAUCACCAACGCCACCAGCGUCAAUAAUGCAUCCAGCACGGCCGCCCUUGGCGGCACUGAGCAGGAACAGGAACAGGCACUGGGCGGCUCGACAGACUCGGUUUUGAAUGAAGGAGGGCUGGCCCUUCCGACCACUACUACUACCACCACCACCACUCCCUCCUCCUCCUCCACCAUCAGAUCAGAGUCAACCAACUCGAGGCUUGUCGGUCUUCCACGCGAGCUGCUGGACGCCAUCGCAAGCUAUCUGCCUACAGUCGACUUCAACUCCCUGCGCGGGACCUGCAGGCAUCUCGAGAGCAAGAUUUUCCCCUACGAAAGGCUUCUUGACACGGGUGCAGCGGUUGACAUCCUGUCAGAGGCCCUGUCCAACUUCCCUAACCUCGAGACAAUCGACAUCCGCGACUUCAACUCGCCCACCCGCUACCGGGAUCCUAAGAGUGCAUGGGGCACUGUGGCCGAGUGGAGGAGCUACGGCUCGUCCGAGUACCGGAACUGGCUGUCUCACCGUUCCCGCACCCACAGCUCGCUCCUACGCUCUGGGACGCAUAUCAAGAAUGUCUUUACCGUCCGCGUCUUCAAGGUGGUGCUUGUGGCUGCUGGGAAGAGCAGCAACUGUAACGUAAAGGGCCUUGAGAUCCUGCUCAGGAGCCGCUUUGGCGCCCUCAGUGACACUGCGUUUGCACUCGCCCCUGAACUGACCGGUAAGCUGUCUGCUGUGCUGUGUGGCCUGACCCGACUGCAUCUCGACCUGCGCCUUGAGAGGGUAGGCAUCCCGCCGUACAUCUGGAAGCCCUCAGACUCGGCCAGGCCGGAUUGUGCCGAAGCCUUCUAUGAUCCUUCGACGACCAAUCUCCGUCGCUUCCUGGCGUCGACGCCCAAUGUGGCCUGGCUGAGGCUCAAUUUCGUCCACGACCAUCUGCACAGCGAACCCUCGGUGGCGUCUCGAUUUCUGGAAUGGCUGGCCCUCCCGCCUGGUCAAUUUUCGGGCGACAGGGACAGAUCAGGGUGGACCGACGCCAACCCAGCGCCGGUCACGAUGCCCUUGCGGCAGCUGGACAUAGGGCACAUUCAGCUGAGACGGGAAAUCCUGACAUCGGUCACCAGAAAGUUUGGUGACCUCGAACAAAUCAACCUGAAGGGUAUUUCCCUACCCGCCGAACCGGACACGUCGCCUUUCGCAAGCAUCAGCGAGAGACACGAGAACGGCCCCUGGACCAGGUACCUCCGCAAGCUACCCUCCAUCGCGCCGAAGCUGAAGCAGCUGAGCCUGCGCCGCAUCCAGCAGACUACGUCAGUGUUCUCGCACGCCCCCGAAUCCAUCUACUUUCUGGAGCCCGGUGAGGUGCCCAAGUCGUCCGAGAGGGUGACGUCGCAGACCUUGAAGCAUGUGGACAAGGCGGCCCUGGAUCGGCUAGUGGACAGAAUGUGGACGUACCGCGCCUGGGCCGAAGCGAAUAGUGUCCUGGGCCCAGAAGAGACGGACCAUGACGACUCGGAAGCGAGUGAAGAUGACUUUGUCAUUGAGUGGGUGACGGAGGUCGAAGACGAGGAGGGAGAUAUGGAAGACGAAGAAUGACAAGCACGCCAUAAGUUCCCAGGAAGGGAUCCUCUAGGCAAAGUUUGUGGGAGACUUUAGUACGCAUCGGUGUGUUUUCAUGACGGAUGACUUCUGAGCUGAGAGCAUAUCAUUCUAUUUCGUGGCUCCUUAUGGCAUGGUCAUAUGGACGCACAUUCUCGUGAUGGCUUUUAUGAAUCACAAUAUUAGUAUGUAAUAGCUAUCCAACCUUGAUAUGCUUCAC